AGGAAAGAAGUGCUUAUUUGCUGAGGUAGAGCAAGAGCCGAGGAGGGCUCUGCCAGUUUUCAGCCUGGGAAAGGAGCAGCGAGGAACAUCAGUGAUCAACACUUGGAGGUACUCGAUAUCCUGCCGGGUGUGACACCAGGCACACAUUUCUGCAUCCUGACAGCUGCCAUCAGGACUCACUGCUCAUCAUCUCGUUAAAGCGAAGGCAAACCCAGCUAAAGAGAGAAGCUAAGCUCAGGAAAACUUUAUCUGCUCCUCAUGGACCGAGGUACACCCUCAGCUUCUUUAUUUAUCCCUGGUUUAACUGUAUGAUCUGUGAUGAACUGACUUUGUCCCUAGAAGGCUGAGCACUUGGCAGGGAUGCUCUCAGCCUCUGCAGAAGGGCGGUGACUGCAGCAACCUUGGGUGGCAGUUCCCUGCCAGGACAGGAUGAGGACUUGUCACUGAGGUGUCCUUCGAGGGAGGAUGGACGGGACCUCUUCAUGCCUGCUUUGCAACGAACACAGCGCCUUAAAUGACAGAAAGUGAAAUCUUCAGAAGAGGAGCAACCAAACAGCCCCCCCUAAUGAGUUUGUGUCAGCAGCCCCGACCUGAGCAACUGUUGCCCUGAGCAGUCUGACUUCUCUGGGUUUCAUAGCUAAGUGCGUUUUAAUCGAGGCUGAAGACUUAUUGUGUGGGGGGGGGGCGAGGAGGGGGAGCGACACUGCAAGAGAGAAGUCUGUGUCUGUUCCUCUUAUUGGUGGUGAAGGUUUUUGUGCUUGGAGAGUGCCCUUCCUGACUUGGCCCCUCCCUUUGCAAAAUGAAGGGCUGCACCUGGGUGUUAGUGGCCACUUUGCUUUGCCACCAGUUCUGCCUCUUCAGGGUCAUGGCAGCAAAGAAAGAGAGAAAGAUGAAGAAAGAACCCAAUCAGUACACAGAGCCUUUCAAUGCCACCCUAUCCAACAGCGAGGAGCUGCACGGGCAUCCCAAGAUCCUCGAAUCUCCAGACCCUCGAAUCACAGACCCACGGCGGACCUGGAUCUCCUUUGUCCACCGCCCAGAUGAUGGCAACACCUCUAAAAGGAAAUGCAAAGGCAAAGACAAGAAAUUACGUGGUCUUGUUGGGCCUCCAGGGCCUCCUGGUCCCCAGGGUCCCCCAGGAGCACCUGGUGCUGAAGUCACCCGGGAAGUCCUGCUGCAGGAGUUUAAGGAGAUAUUAAAAGAAGCCAUUGAGCGUCGGGCAUCCUUGGCAAUUUCAGCACAUCCCAGCCAGCUGCCUCCACUCCUGCUCUCCUUGGAGGAAGUUUCACCCUAUAGACGUGUAGAGGAGGCGUUCCACUGCAAGCUAAAAGGACAAGUUGUCGUGGAUAAAAAGACCCUGGUAGAACUUCAGAACUUCCAGUCGCCUUUGGCCAAAGGAGCUUUUCUGCGGGGGACGGGGUUAAACCUGGCAACGGGACGUUUCACAGCACCCGUAUCCGGCAUCUACCAGUUCUCAGCCAACGUCCACAUCGAUCAUAGUGAGUUGAAGAGCAAAGUCCAGCUCCGUGCCAGAGAUAACGUCCGAGUGUUGAUCUGCAUUGAAUCUCUCUGCCACCGAUACACGUCUUUGGAGGUUAUUGCUGGUUUGGAAAGUAACAGCAAGAUCUUCACUGUCUACGUGCAUGGCUUGCUGCAGCUGCAGGCUGGCCAGUACACCUCCAUCUUUGUGGACAACAGUGCUGGAGCUCCCAUCACCAUUCAGAAUGGAUCCGAUUUCAUGGGCAUGUUAAUGGGCGCGUAGCAUCGUCUGCAGCACUGCAGCAGGGAAGAACAUGAGUUACAGCCUUACAACAUAUAUUUGACUGAAGAAACCUUUACUUUGACUCUUGAAGACCGCUUCAUGUAACUGUUGGCAUCUUUUUAAACAAGCAAAGAGCCUUUCCUCUUGCAGAUACUUCAGCUUGCUUUCAGAGGCUGCUGCUUCUCAAGGUCCACACCAGUUCAUUCACCUUAAAAAAAAAAAAAAAAAAUACACUUUUCUAACUCAGAAACAAACUCUGUAAUAUUUAAUAUGUGCUUCACCGAACAGUACACUGAGAUUUGGCAUUUGUUGUAAUGUUACUUCACACGAUUACACUUGUAAUCAGCAUGUCUUUGGGGCUGAUUGCGGGCUGUUUAAGUUUGUAAAUGAAGGAUUGAGAGGGGAAGUAAAACAGUGACUGUGUUCCAUGUGUUGUGGAGGAAGGAGACAAGAAUUUGUCAGCAAAACUGUUUUUCACACAAUUGUGAAUGGUGUAGGGCCCUCUCUCAUGUUCAGACUGAGAUACGUUUGACAAGUAGCAUGUUGAAUUCUCAAGCAGUGCCUGUUUUCAAAGACAGGAAUCCAAGGGUUGAACUGUUUAACGGUGGUUCCCUAAAUCUAAGUAUGUUUCUCUGAUCUUACUGAUGAAGCCAAAUACCUCGCUGCCUGCACAGUUUUAUUUUUAUGAAAACGUAAGGCCAAUGGCACCAGUUCUAGCAUGAACUCCCUCAGUUAUGUUCUUAUGUUUUAGUAAGACAUAUACUUGGCUCUGGACUGCAUCACAUACACGGCAUCCUCUCAGGUGUCAUAUAUCCGUUUGUAGAUCUGUCUGAUGCGUUUUGCCAGUUGUGGGUGUUGUCAUUUCACUGGGUUUUUCCCUUCAAGAGACACUUGGCCUUUUAAUGAUGCAACUUAACUAAGGAAAUGGCUGUUCAGCAGUUUCAUAGAAAGAUGGCAGCGGGGCCCCAGUUGGAGUCCAGAUACUUUUCUUGAACAUCUGCAGUGAAUGGAGGAUCUCCGUUGCUUGACAUUUCAAUUUUUUCAUGAUCCAUUACAACACCUUCAUAAAACGAGAACCAAGACUGCUGGGGACAGCAGGUGUGAAAAAGUGAGACAGCAGUUCACCACAGUAGUGUUUGUUGGGGCUUCACAAAGUGUGUAACUCACAUGAAGAUCAUUAAACCCUAUCAACAAGGACUGGCUGUUUACAUUGGGUUUUGGUGGAGUAGGUGUAGUCAGGGCACAUGGCCUGUAUCCCAGUAUGUAUUACUAUACUGUACUUUCUACUGCGUGAAUAUUUGUAAUAAAUUGGGCUAUUUUGUGCACGACUUGCAGCAA